UUCCUUGCGACUCAACUACUUUGAUCAACCUCUUGUUAGCUACUAACUAAGUGUCAGAAGAAGUGCUUAUAUAUUGAUGUGUAUCUUACCUAUGUACUUAUGUUAGCCCACACGAUGAAGAGAAGGGUCGUUAAACAGAAUAAUUCAUCUUCCGAAGUCAGUGAAGCUCAGAGGACUGAUAGAGUCCAAAGUGCAUCGCCCCGAUGCUCGCUGAAAACAGGUGUAUUGGCCGCCCUUGUUAUUUUCAUUUUGGUGCCUUUCUCACUAAGAAUACGCCCAGAAUUAAUCCAGCACCUUGUUUACACUCACAGAAUCAGGUUGCCGUUCUUUGUUGACCUCAGUCGACCUGCUGAUCUCUCCCUUAAUCACACCAUCAACAUGUACUUAACAUCAGAGGAAGGAAUCUCCCUUGGCGUAUGGCACACUGUCCCUGAAAGUCUGUGGAAAGAGGCUCAAGGGAAGGACUUGGCAUGGUACCAGAACACUUUAAACCAUGGAAGUCCAGUUUUCAUAUAUCUUCAUGGAAACACAGGCACAAGGGCAGCCACUCAUCGGGUGGGAGUGGCAAAAGUAUUGAGUGCACUUGGUUACCACGUGCUGGUGCCUGACUACAGAGGGUUUGGAGAUUCCACUGGGGAACCGACUGAGGCCGGUCUGACCACUGAUGCACUCUACUUGUACAACUGGGUCAAAGCACACAGUGGAAACAGCCUGGUUGUCAUCUGGGGACACUCUCUUGGCACUGGAGUGGCCACUAACACUGCAGUGAAACUGAUUGAACAAGGUGUGGCUUUGGAUGGUGUGAUCCUGGAGGGCGCAUUCAAUAGUGUUCGAGAGCGCAUUACAGUUCAUCCUUUUACUUGGUAUUACUGGACGUUUCCAGGCACUGGCUACUUUUUCCCGGAGCCAUGGGCAGAAAACAAGGUUGUCUUUCCUACUGAAGAAAAUCUGAAGAAAAUGAGAAGCCCGAUACUUUUCCUUCAUUCAGAAGACGAUCACUUGGUUCCCAUUCAGAUUGCUCAGCAGAUGUAUGAGGUGGCAGCGAGCGCCCAGAAUGCAGAGCGAGUCAAGCUGGUGUCUUUUGACGGUUCUCUGGGGUACCUGCACAACGGCUUAUACAGAGACCCCCAUCUGCCUGACAUCUUAAAGAAGUUUGUGAUGUCAUUGUAAUGUGGGGUGGACGACUGAAAACAGGAAAAACGUGCCACACUUCAGAGUUAGAGCACUGAUUUGAUUUCAGCGUUUUACUUUGUCUUUACUGCUGCAUAUAUGUUGCAUAAAUAUGUGAUCCAGAAGGUCUGUGUUGAACAUCUGUUAUUUUAAGGACAAAUGCCAAAGUUGUUCAGGCUAAUAGAUGGUAAAAUUUUUUUUUUCAAUCGGUUAAGAUGCAUGAAAUUGUUAACUACUGAUUUUUUUAAAUCUGUAAAUGUAACUUAUUCUGAUUUAACAAAACUAGAAAUAACUGGUUAAAAAUGUUUAAGAUGCGACAUUACUACAGUAGGUGCCCUUUGCUGGGCAUUUUUGUGUGAUGAUAAUGCUCAUCUAUAAUACAAGAUAAUCAGUUUGUUAAUCCAAGGCUUUAGACAUUGAGAUGUCAGUAACAUUUCAGAAUAAUACAGGGAGAGCAGCUGGAAAACAUCUGUCCUCUGAACUUCUUAUCACAAAUGUGGUUCUAGAAAAAACACAAAUUCUAGAAAUUCUGAUUUCUGUCAGUUCAACUAUAGAAUAUAAAAUGCAUUCAUAUAAGUUUAAAGAAUCUCAGUUCAUAUGUUGUUGCAGUUUAUUACAAUAAAUUUGAUGACACCCA